CCCAGCCUGGAGCCCUGGCAGACCCAGGGGUGCCACACGGCAUGACUCCUGCAGUGUAGACCCGCCCCCAGGCAGCCAGGGCACCCGGGGAAGUCCCAGCCCAGGAUCUUCUCUCUCUCUCUCUCGGCUCUUUCCGCCUGACGCCGCCGCAGUCCCCGCCUUUCGGUUCAAACCCUUCCGAGGCCGAGGAAGGAGCCGAGGGGAGGAGGAAGCCCAGCCCGAGCGGCGGCCCAAGCACUCAGGAUGUCUUCUGGGGACAGAGAUGCACAGGAGGACGAACUCCUUGCUCUGGCGAGUAUUUAUGAGGAAGAUGAAUUCAAGAGAGCUCCGUCAGGGUGGGGAGGAGAGAUCCAAGUUUUAGUAGACCUGCCUGAGGACUUCACACUGUUGUGGCGUGAUGACCAGGCAGAGAAUCUUCAGAACAACAAGUUUGAAUGUACGGUUUCCUUUUUACCUCCAAUUGUGCUGAAUUUUGAAUUUCCAGCAGAUUACCCUUCCAUCUCCCCACCUGCAUUUACCCUCAGCAACAAAUGGCUUUCCCAAGAACAGCUCACUGCCCUUUGCAAACACCUAGACACCUUAUGGGAAGAAAACAGAGGCUCUGUGGUCUUGUUUGCCUGGAUACAGUUCCUCAAGGAAGAAACCCUUGACUAUCUGAACAUUGCCUCCCCAUAUGAGCCAAAGAUAUGUAGAAAAGAACCAGAACAAAAUGGGACAAGCCAAGAGGAUGCUUGCGACGGUGCAGCAGGUGGUGCCUUGGAACAGGAAGAAAGCCUUAAUGGAAGAACUGUGCAAAAUGUUGGGUCUUUGUCUACUUUAAUCAGGGAGAUUCUAGAUUUUGACCAUGCUCACCAAGAGAAGUGCUUCAAUACUAAAAUGCAUGACUGCAAAAUAUGUUUUUCUGAGAAGCUGGGAAGUGAAUGCAUGUACUUUUUGGACUGCAGACAUGUGUACUGCAAGGGUUGCUUAAAGGAUUACUUUGAAAUUCAAAUCAGAGAUGGGCAGGUCCAUUGCCUGAAUUGUCCAGAACCCAAAUGCCUUUCGGUUGCAACUCCAGGGCAGGUCAAAGAGUUAGUGGAAGAGCAACUUUUUGCCCGUUAUGACCGCCUGCUGCUUCAGACCACCUUGGACUUGAUGGCAGACAUGGUAUAUUGCCCACGCCCAGGCUGCCAAACGCCGGUGAUGCAGGAGCCCUCUUGUACUAUGGGCAUCUGUUCCAGUUGCAAUUAUGCAUUCUGCACGUUAUGCAAGAUGACUUAUCAUGGUGUCUCACCAUGUAAAAUCUCUGCAGAGAAGUUGGUGCAGUUGCGGGAUGAGUACCUUGCAGCAGAUGACACUACUAAAAAGUUUUUAGAGCAACGCUAUGGGAAAAGAGUAAUUCAAAAGGCUCUGGAGGAGAUGGAGAGUAAAGAAUGGCUAGAAACCAAUUCAAAAGCAUGCCCUUCUUGUGGAACUCCUAUAGAGAAAUUAGAUGGCUGUAAUAAGAUGACUUGCAGUGUGUGCAAUAGACACUUCUGUUGGUGUUGUAUGGGUUCUCUGUCCAAGACCCGCCCUUAUGAGCACUUUAAUGAUCCAGCCUCCCCAUGCUUCAAUAAGUUAUUUCAAGGUUUAAUGAAUGACAUGGAAGAGGAUAUCUAAUCCUGAUCCAGCAUCCAACGAAACUGAACAAAAACCUAAUUGAAGUAAAUAAAUUAAAUCAAAAAUGCACAUGGGCUCUGUUCAAGGCUGUUUUGUAACUGACAGAGAAGAACUUCAAGAGUCUGAUGGAACUGUUUUCUUGUUUUAUUUGCUGCUCCUGAGCACUCUUGCCAUCAUGGGAUGAUUUAGAUUUUAUAAUUUACACAUUAAACUAAUAUUAACAUUU